AUGCUGAUCUCAUGGAACAUUAGGGGGCUGAAUAAAGCUGGCAAGCAAAGAGAGAUAUGCUCCCAUCUCAAUGAUUUGAGGCCAGAUAUUUGCAUUUUGAUUGAAACUCGUGUGAAGAUUCAGAAAGCAAACAAAGUUAGGGAAAACAUGAGGCUCUAUGAUAGCUUUCUAGAUAACUACCAUCACCAUGACAAUGGCAGGAUCUGGGUAUGCUGGAAUUCUACCAAAUAUAAAAUUCAGAUGGAGAGGAGCUCUAGUCAAUUCAUACACUGUAAUGUGAAGAGCAUUAAUGGAAAGGUUUGUUUUGAUAUGACUGCUGUGUAUGCUAUGAAUACUAUUGAGCAAAGAAAGAUGUUGUGGAAAGCAAUUGAUGCAUUGCCUCAUGCCAAUAAGCCUUGGUGUGUGGUAGGAGAUUUCAACAAUGUCCUCAAGAGCAAUGACAGAAUUGGAGGAAGAAUGGUGGUGCCCCAGGAAUUUCAGGAUCUUCAUGAUAUGAUGGACUCAUGUGGGUUGAGUGAGAUGGACAACACUGGUGACUAUUUCACUUGGCACAACAAACAAGUGAAUGAUCCCAUCUACACCAGAAUUGAUAGGGUGAUUGGAAACUCUCUAUGGUUUCAAGUGAUGGAUAUGCAUUUGAGACACCUUCCCCCAAGUGUCUCAGAUCAUGAGUUGGUGGCUGAAAGCUGGGCUCAACCUAUUUCAGGCAGUCCUCCUUUUAUCCUCUGGCAGAAACUGAAAAGACUCAGGAGGCCUAUAAAAAAUUUAAGCAGACCCCUGAAUGAUGUAAAGAGAACUAUAGUUUCUAUCAGGAAAGAACUGAAUGUCUUGCAACAGGAUAUGGGGAAUGACCCAAUGAACAGAGAUCUACUGCAGAGAGUGAAAGACAAAACUGCAGAGAUCCUACAUUGGAAUGAAACUGAGGAAAAAGUUCUAAGGAAAAAAGCAAAGGUUGACUGGAUUAAGCUAGGGGAUGGAAAUAAUCAUUAUUUUCAUGCCACCCUGAAGGCCAAACAUCAACAAAAAAGGAUGACCAUAUGCAGGAAUGAUGGGACUGAGAUAACAACUAAUGAUGUGAUAGAAAUGGAAGUGCUGAAACACUUUGGAAAUCUCAUGGGUAAUGAAGAUAUGACUCUUAACCCGAUUAACAUUAGAGUCAUGAGAGAGGGCCCCCAACUAUCUACUGCCCAGAGACAGUCACUCAUGCAGCCUAUAAGUGAAAAGGAAAUCCUGGAAGAUCUCCAUGAUAUAGGGGAUGCAAAAGCCCCUGGCCUAUAUGGGUACAGUGCAAAAAAUUUCAAGUCCUGCUGGAACAUUGUGAAAAAUGAUGUGGUGAACACUAUUAACUAUUGGUUUAGACAUAAGAGUGGGUCUAAAGCUUUUAAUAAUACUUUGGUGACUCUCCUCCCCAAGAAAGCCAAUACAAAGGAUCUUAAAGAUUAUAGGCCCAUAGCAUGUUGCAUUGUAGUGUACAAAAUAUACUCUAAAGUACUGACUAUAAGAAUGGCUAACAUUAUUGGUUCCAUCAGAAGUCAUAACCAGGCUGCUUCCAUUCCAGGGAAGCAAAUUCACUCUCACAUUUUGCUAGCUACUGAAUUGAUCAAGGGAUACACAAGGAAGCAGGGUACUCCUAGAUGCCUCAUCCAACUUGAUCUCCAAAAAGCAUAUGAUAUGCUCAAUUGGAAAGCUCUUGAAACCAUUCUGUUGGAACUAGGGAUACCUGAAACUUUUGUCCACUAG